GCGGGAGGGGGAGGGGGGUGGUAGAGGUUGUGAGAGGUCGGGAGUUGGCCCAGGACCAGCCCAGGACCUAGAUCAGGAAGCGCUUCCGGAGAGGACCUGGGGGCAGAGGAGCGCGUGGGUGUGUGGUAUGGGAUGCCAAGGAAAAGAGAGGAAUCUCCUGAGUAGAUCUGUGGGUGGUUCUUUUGAGCAAACCUCGUCUUUGCUCUUCGAUUUGCCAAAGAGGAAGUCCCCAUGGUUUCUGUAAAAUUGUGGCAACUUUUUUGUGGGCUUAAUUGCCUGCAUAGAACUGCCCAGGACCUUUUCUGGUAAGGGGCACAAACGUGGGGAAUAUGUCAGAAAACAGGAAACCGCUGCUGCGUUUCGUGGGCAAACUCCCCAGCGGGACUGCCGUUGGAAACUCAGUCAGGACUCACUGCCCUUUGUGCAUGGGACUUUUCAAAGCCCCCAGGCUCUUGCCUUGCUUACACACAGUUUGCACCACGUGUCUAGAGCAGCUGGAACGCUUCUCAGUAAUGGACUUUCGAGGGGGAGACUCUGACACAAGCUCUGAGGGGUCAAUAUUUCAGGAACUCAAGCCACCCAGUGUGCAGCCGCAGAUCGGCAUCCUCUGUCCGGUAUGUGAUGCUCAGGUGGACCUGCCCGUGGGUGGAGUGAAGGCUUUAACCAUAGAUCACCUGGCCAUGAACGAUGUGAUGCUGGAGAGUCUUCGUGGGGAAGGCCAGGGCCUGGUGUGUGACCUGUGCAGCGACAGGGAAGUUGAGAAGAGGUGUCAGACCUGCAAAGCCAACCUCUGCCACUUCUGUUGCCAGGCUCAUAGGCGGCAGAAGAAAACGACUUACCAUACCAUGGUGGACCUAAAAGACUUGAAAGGCUAUAGCCAGAUAGGGAAACCCAUUCUGUGUCCCACUCACCCUGCGGAAGAGCUGAGACUGUUCUGUGAGCUCUGCGACCGGCCCGUGUGCCGGGAUUGCGUGGUGGGCGAGCACCGCGAGCAUCCCUGUGACUUCACCAGCAAUGUCAUCCACAAGCAUGGUGACUCGGUGCGGGAGCUCCUCAGAGGCACCCAGCCCCACGUGGAGGCCCUGGAGGAAGCCCUGGCACAGAUCAAAGGGACAAACAGUGCCCUCCAGGAGCGAGUGGAGGCUGUGGCAGCUGAUGUGCGAACAUUCUCCGAGGGCUACAUCAAGGCCAUUGAGGAGCACCGGGACAAGCUGCUGAAGCAGCUGGAAGACAUACGGAUCCAGAAGGAAAACUCCCUGCAGCUGCAGAAGGCCCAGCUGGAGCAGCUGCUGGCAGACAUGCGCACUGGAGUGGAGUUCACCGAGCACCUGCUGACCAGUGGCUCGGACUUGGAGAUCCUCCUCACCAAGGGGGUCAUAGUGGAACGGCUUACAAAGCUGAACAAGGUUGAAUACAGUGCCCAUCCUGGAGUAAAUGAUAAGAUACGCUUUUUCCCUCAGGAGAAAGCAGGCCGAUGCCAUGGUUAUGAAGUUUAUGGGACCAUCAAUACCAAAGAGGUCGAUCCUGCCAAAUGUGUCCUUCAAGGAGAAGAUCUCCACAGAGCCCGGGAGAAACAGACAGCCUCUUUCACCCUGCUUUGUAAGGAUACAGCAGGAGAGAGCAUGGGCAGAGGAGGAGACAACAUUCAAGUUGCAGUAGUCCCUAAAGAUAAGAAAGACAGUCCAGUCAGAACAAUGGUGCAAGAUAACAAGGACGGGACAUACUACAUUUCCUACACCCCCAGGGAACCUGGCAUCUAUACUGUGCUGGUCUGUGUCAAAGAGCAGCACGUGCAGGGCUCACCAUUCACUGUGACAGUGAGGAAAAGGCACCGCCCACACCUGGGGGUGUUUCACUGCUGCACUUUCUGCUCCAGCGGAGGCCAGAAAACUGCCCGCUGUGCCUGUGGAGGCACCAUGCCAGGUGGGUACUUAGGCUGUGGCCAUGGACACAAAGGCCACCCAGGUCGUCCCCACUGGUCAUGCUGUGGGAAGUUUACUGAGAAGUCGGAAUGCACCUGGACAGGUGGGCAGAGCACACCAAGGAGCCUACUCAGGACUGUGGCGCUCUGAUGGCCUCUUGGGUAUGGACCCCAGACCUUAAAUAAUUUUCUCAAGAAACUGAUAGAAUUAAAAACAAAGUGCCUUAUCCUA